UAUAUAUACUCCUUUGAACUACUAAAUGACGAGAAUCUUAGAUAAUAUAUUUCUGCUAUCAACCAUUAUACUUGCUUAUGUAGCUUGGUUGAUUGCAUUUAUUGGAGCAUGUGUAUUUAGAGUAGGUGUCAGCGGAGGAGCAUGGUGGAUUAUUGUAUAUGAACUUUUAAUCAUCAUUGGAGUCACUUGUAUAUUAGUCACAAACACAUUUACUCAUUAUCGAAUGAUGAUUUUGGCUUUCUUGGGAGCCAGUAUUUCCUUAUUAACCAUUCAAUUGGAUUAUAUUAUACCUGCUUCAAGAGUAUUUGGCGGUGGAGCAGGGGCAUUUGCUACUGGAUAUAUUAUAUUGAUUAUCAUUCAGUUUUUAUGGGUCAUGAUUUUUGGUAGCGAUCCAGAGAGCUAUAUUGGUCAAUACGGACCUUCUCAUUACGGCAAUUCAGUUGGAAUACAACAUCAUCGUCAACAGCAACCACAACAACAACAAGCAUACGAAAUGACGGGAGAAAAGACAAUUCUUUCUGACCCUCCUGUUCAAACAGCAACAACACCAACAACAGCACCAGCAACAACAACAACAACACAGGAACCUAACACAGCAUUAUCUGCAUCAAAUCAAGUGACAGAGAUGUCUCAACCAAGCCCUAUUGAAUAUCGUGAAAAAGUCAAAGCCUUACAUGCAUAUCAAGCAAACCCAGAUGAUCCCAAUGAAUUGAGUUUUGCUAAAGGAGAAGUAUUGGAGAUUGUAGAUCGAAAUGGCAAUUGGUGGCAAGCACGUAAAACGGAUGGAACAGUUGGUAUUAUUCCAAGCAAUUAUUUUGCUCCUCCUGCAUAAAUCGCGUCUUUGUUAUUAUUGCAGUUUUAUAUCUGUAUGGAAUCAUUAAAUAUUAAAAAAAAAAUGUUACAGGUGCCUAAAUUAACCCUGGACUUUUGGUACACCUAAAGGUGUCGCAUUUUUUUAAAUACCCCCCCCCAUAUUAAUCAACAAAGAGGACGCAAGGAAUGAGGCUAAAAAAAAAAUGACGCUAUUUUGCUGUAGAGGAAGCUCCAUGGAUACCAUUAAUCAUGCGAUGUAGCUUUACAUAGUAUGGCCAUAUUUCAACUUUGACGAAAGAAUAGCCUCAAAAACUACUCCAAGAUCACUACAAAAUAUAAGGAUGCGAG